CUGCCACAACCAGAGGGGCCAUCUGAGUUGGAGUUAGCCAUGGAGGCCUUCACGGGCCACUCUGCAGAGCCAUGCUACACUUCACUGGAAGAUCCGAACAAAUAAUUAAGGCUUCUCGUGGAGCAGUUUGCUUGAGACACUGAGAGAUCAUGCUCCAAGAUGGAUCUUCAAAUCCAAGCCCUUGCCCUUCCGAUCCCUCAUUUCUCCAUGAAAUGGAGGAGACUGUUCAGUGCUCAGCGAAGCAAACAGAGUGGGUGGAGAAAGUUUGCUCACAUCCUGCUCAAGAUCACCUUUCUCCUACCGCGCUAGAAGAGGUGGAGGAUAACAAAGGCUACGGGGACGUUGAGGAGCAUACAUAAGUUAUCACAGAGAACUCUCAUGAUAAUCAUGAUCAGGAAAGUCCUCUGGUUGCAGAUCACACCUUUCCUCAUUUAUGCUCUAACAUGCUAGGCCCGAGCGAGGAGAUGCAAGAUGAUCUCAUUGAAGAAAUUACAUGGCGACUUGCUCUCCAAUCUGUUCUAGAAGAAGAAGAGAGAGAAAGGUUGAGGGAAGAAGUUGUGGAGGAUGAGAAAGAAAGAAAAGAAGAGGAAGUUCUUGAUCUUUUCCAAUGGGAGAGACCACAUUCUGAUGAAGGAAGGUGGGUUGAGGAAGCAAUUGUCGUCCAGGCUAAGGAUGAAGUUGAGGUGGAAGAGGCUUGCACCGGCCCUAUAUUACAUGUGUUAUCUCACCAAACUUCGAGGAGCUGCUUGGCAAAGACCCAUUUGCAGUGUCUCUUUGCCAAACCAAGACCACAUCAACAUCAAUCCCUCUUGGUGGAUGCGAUGGUUGUCAAUCGAAUAUAUCUUAUCUGGUUUGGGGCAAUGAGACAAGAGCAGAUGUGAAGGAAAGGUCUCGUGAGUGGAGACUUCAUCUUCCUCAAGGCCACGAGCCAUCUUUAUCACCUAUCACAUCACAUGUUCGUGACUUGAGACUCCACCUCAUUAAUGAGAACCUCAACCCUUUGGUUCUGUCCGUGUGGCCUGGCCGUGUGGUCUGGAAUUUCUGGGUUUUAAUCCAAAUUUGAGCCAAAGGAGAGAGAAUUGACUUUUUGGAGCAAAAACAGAGCCCUAGAGAGAGAAAGUGCGAAGAACACAUCCUAAAAGCGAUUUUGGAGCUGGGUUUCAUCAAUCGAGCUUGGAGAUCAUCAGAGGAGUGAAGAUUGACAUGCCAUAGCAGAUUCUUCCCAUUGUUAUGAGUAUGACUUCUUUGUAUUCUGUUUCCCUCUCUCUCUCUCUCUCUAUGGAGUAGAACUCUCUCUCACUUGGGUAUGAAGAACCCUAGUUCCAUGUGUUAAGAAUCUUGAUUAUAAUUACGUUUGGAUUGUGAUAUUGCUUGAUUAUAAUAGAUUGAAGUGUUUUGA